AACUCAUCUCAGUGAAAGCAUUCACGUUUUCGGUUCCUAGGAAAUAAGUACUCUGAUUACAAUGCAAAACUGCCACAACGUCUGAAUUCAAGGAGCAGUAGGUGAUGUGGAAGAGCAACACUCCUGUUAUUAUGAAGCGCUCUGACGAUAACCAUCACGAUACAACUGAUAACAUGUCACGCUCAAAGAAGAUGAAAAUGUCUGAACCACUGAAAGUCAGCUCCGUGGUGACACCAAUUGUUCAUGAGAUAAACAACAACAUGAAGAACACCUUAUUCAGUCAGUAUGAAUUAAAAAUCCGUCCCUAUAUUGAUCUCAUUGACUCUCUGCGAGCACUGGGUGUUGACCAAGACCUGACUCUACCAUCUAUUGCUGUGAUUGGAGAUCAGAGUUCUGGGAAAAGUUCUGUUCUUGAAGCCUUGUCUGGUGUGUCACUGCCACGAGGAUCUGGAAUUGUAACACGAUGUCCGCUUGAACUAAAAAUGAAGAAAACAAAAGAAUGGCAACCAUGGAAAGGGAAACUCAAGUACAAAGAUAUCGAAAUAGACCUACGCGAUCCUUCUUUUGUAGAACAAGAAAUUUCAAAAGCUCAAAAUGUUAUUACCGGCUCUGCAGUAGGCAUCAGUGAGGAAUUAAUAAGCCUCAAUGUUGAAUCCCCUGAAGUUCCCAAUCUUACCCUUAUUGACCUUCCAGGAAUUGCUAGAGUGGCUGUUGGCAACCAACCAAAAGACAUUGGAGAACAGAUUAAACGUCUAAUUCAGAAAUUUAUUAAAAAACAGGAAACAAUUAACCUGGUUGUUGUGCCCAGUAACGUUGAUAUAGCAACUACAGAGGCUUUAAAAAUGGCAAAGGAAUUUGACCCGACAGGACAAAGAACCUUGGGCAUUUUGACAAAACCUGAUUUAGUAGAUAAAGGAAAUGAAGAAAAUAUUGUGGAUAUUGUUCGCAAUCUUGUUAUUGAGAUGAAGAAAGGAUACAUGAUUGUGAAGUGCCGCAGUCAGCAAGAUAUUAAGGAAAAACGUACCCUGGCUGAAGCAAUCCAAAAGGAGUAUGACUUUUUUGAUGAUCAUCAAUAUUUUAGGCCUCUUCUUGAUGAUAAGAAAGCAACAAUUCCACUUUUGGCAGAAAAAUUAACAAAUGAAUUAGUGGACCAUAUUAUUCAAUCUCUUCCUACACUUCAAAGGAGAACAGAAGUCAAACUGCACAAUACUGCUGUGGAACUAAAACAGUAUGGGAAGUCUGUUCCAGAUACAAAUGAACAGAAACUUCCUUUUUUAGUUGAAAAACUCCAGGAGUAUUAUGAUGUCAUUUCAAAUAUUAUCAAAGGAGAAGAAACAGUUGAAAAUGAAUAAAGCAGGGUUAUCACUACAGUACGAGAAAUGUUUGUAGGCUGGAAAUAUCUUCUGGACACAAAAUAUUUCAAAUUGGGAAACAACCUUUGGAAUGAAAUAGAAUCAAGCAUUAAAAGAUACAGGGGUAAAGAGCUUCCAGGAUUCGUCAAUUAUGCCACCUUUGAGAUAUUUAUUAAGAAACAUAUUGAUAAUUUAGAAGAGCCCUCUUUAGAUAUACUGAAAAAAGUUACAGAAUUGAUGCGUUCAGCAUUUACAAAAACUGCAAAAGCUCAUUUUGAAAAUUUCCCAAACUUAUUUCGAGCCAUAAAGAGCCUGAUUGAAGACAAUCUGAGAAAAGAAUUUCAAGAAGCUGAAAAAAUGUUAUGUUCUCAAUUUAAAAUGGAAAAAAUCCUUUUUUCCCAAGAUGAAAUUUACAGUAAUGUGCUUGACAAUGUGAAGAAGGAGCAGCCAGGUUUUGUAAAGUUAAAAGAGCAGUCAGUUUUUGGAAAUGUACAAAGAAGUGCUGAUGUUUCUGUGAUGAACGAACACUUGUCAUCUUACUUCAAGAUUGCUUCUGAUCGACUGGCAAACCAGAUUCCUUUGAUUGUUCAAUACUAUAUUGUUCACCAGUAUGGAACUGAGCUGCAAAAAAAGAUACUGCAGCUCAUUCAAGGGAACAAAAAUCUGGAAGAGCUUCUUGAGGAGAACAAAGAUGUUGCAGAAAAAAGGAAUCGCCUGAGGAAGCGAUUGGAGCGGCUUAACAAGGCCCAGGAACAUUUGAAUAAAUUUAGUGUGUAGGCUGAAAGUGAUGUUUUACUAUCAAUGCAAUGUACAUGGGUUUUCUCACUUGUAUCAUAUGUAACAUUUGGCUUAACUGUAACUGAAAUAAUAAUAAACUGCAAAAACUAAGAAGACACCAUCUGUAGCAAAGGAUAACUGUAUCUGUAGUGUGUUCAGGACUUCUAGUGUUCACUCCGGAGAGUCGGUCAGGACACUGGUAAAUGAUGUGGAGAAAUCCACACAGCACCUCAGAAUGAAAAUGACUUUUUUAUUUGAAGAAAUACACCUGUAUUUGAAUAGGUAUAUAAAUAUAUAUAUGUGGUCUACAAUAAAAAAAAAUACAUAAAACUUAUUGGUAAAUUACAUAAAAGUUACUCAAAUUUAGCACUAGCUUAUCGGCAGUAUGGAAUCCAAAUCAAUAAUGUUUAUCAGUAAACAGUAUCAACAAACUUAUAGUAAAGUACAUUGAUGUAAUACCAUAAACUAUUAUUAAAUACUAUUUCUGCAUGUAAAUAACACUAAGGCACAUUCCCAACAUAUAAACGCUAAACAGUACACUUUAAACAACUUUGCAUCUUAAUGUAUAACAAACAUUCAAGUAAAACGCAAAUGAACCCACCUCUGGUCAUUAACGCACACUUUUUAUUAAGUCAGGAUACUACUGACUCUUAGUUAUUAUACACAAAUAUCUCUCUAUGCAGAAAUUGCUAUUAUAGUACACGUGCAUCUCUUUCGCUUUUUGAACAUCCCAUAAAAUGUGUUCAAAUGUGAGCUGUAUCUCUUAAUUAUUGCUGUCUCUCUAACACCAUCUGAGUGUGAUCAACAUUAAAUUAAAAAAAAACAAAA